GUCACACUGUAGCAUCUAUUCUCAGAUGAGGAAAACAUAUUUAAAUGCUAAAAGUUAUUAAAUUAAUGAGUAAGUGGCAUGUAUUAGAUGCAAACAUUGAAAAUAGAACAGGAAACUGGCUGCAAAAGUUGCAAUGCCCUAAGCUAAAUAGAAGGAGAGCUGAAUGAAGAGAACAAAUAAAACAGAACUGGAUAGUUAAAGAAGAGAGGAAGUUGCUGGAGAAAGGGGCUAACAGAAGAUUGUUUUCAUUAUUCAAGCAAAAAAGAGCAGAUAUAAAACAUGAAUGAAGACAUUCUAUAUGCUGAUAUUAAAUUCAAUCAGUCAUCUGCUGGAAAAAAGAGCAGCCAGCCUGAAAGACAUGGACCUGGUACAGCAAAGCAGGAAUCUACUACAAAAUCGGAAGAAACCAUCAUGAAGGAAACUGGUCUUAGGCUGUCCAAACUAUCUGCCAAAAUCGGAGUCCUUGUUGUUCUCAUUGUCAUCUGCUUCCUUCUGUUAGUCCUGGCAAUAGCUAUUACCUUACUGUAUUAUCAAGAACAAAGAAGAAAUGACAAUUGCCUUAUACAAACAAAGAACCUUGAAAGUAACAUCAGUGUUUUAUCUCAGAAGCUUUCUCAUCUAAGAGAUGCAUUUUGCAAUGGAACCCACUGCAUUCUCAACCAAUGGGACACCUCCAAGUUUUCUGGCUGGACAACAUAUUUUGGAAACAGCACCUAUUUCUUCUCAAGUGAACAACUAAACUGGGAAAGCAGCAAGAAUGCCUGUCUGUUAAUGAUGUCAAAUUUAGUGGUUAUCAACAGUGAAGAAGAACAGAUUUUUUUAAAGAACUCUUCAAGCAUAAGCAAUACUGGUUUCUGGAUUGGAUUUACUGAUCAGAAAGAAGAAGGAACAUGGUGCUGGGUAGAUGACCCAGCAUGCAAUACAACUAGCCCAAAGUUUUGGGGAGAUGACCAGCCUAGUAAUUCGGUCCAUCAAAAUAAAGAUGGUGAAGACUGUGCCACAGAAAAUUAUAAUGAAAAUACUUGGAGGAGCUGGAAUGAUGAUUCAUGUCUAAAGGACUAUAGAUGGAUUUGUGAAAAGAGCACUCCAAUUUUCUAUUUAUAGUAUGCCACACAUUUUUGUUUUCUAGAAAAUUAAGCUGCAUUAAAGGGAAAUCACUUUCUCGAUGCCUUCUGUCACCUGACAGAGAUAUAAAUAAGUAAAUACUUGAUCUCACAUGAUUCUAUUUUUUCACGUAGCAUUGUUCUAGAACUUCAGCUUAAACUGCACAUUUCAGAGACUUGCUGUGCUUGUAGUUCUCUCCCAUUUGGGAUGCACUGUCUUUAGUACCUUAUGGACAUAAUUCAAUAUAAGACAUUAUUUAAUAUCUACUAGAUAUUUCAUCAUAGAAGUACAGAAAAACAAGAAUUGCUGAUAGAAGCAAUUCAUUCUUGUAACGAAGUACAUCAAACAUAAGUAAAGCAAGCACAUUGUAAAAUA